UGCCCACUGAAAUAUCUAUUUCUAUCAAACUACAGAGAAGAGAGCUCCUCACCAAAUCGUUUUUGCAUUUUGUUUCCUCUGCUUCAAAAUCUCUACGAAAAGAAGAUAACUUUUGGUUUUGUGAAGAAGAAGAUGGGAAAUUUGCUUUGUUGCGUUCAAGUGGAUCAGUCAACUGUGGCGAUCAAAGAGACUUUUGGGAAAUUCGAAGAUGUUCUUGAACCUGGUUGCCAUUUUCUUCCAUGGUGUCUUGGUAGUCAAGUUGCUGGCUACCUCUCUUUGAGGGUUCAGCAGUUAGAUGUUCGUUGCGAGACUAAGACAAAGGACAAUGUGUUUGUUAAUGUUGUUGCUUCCAUUCAGUACCGAGCUUUAGCUAAUAAGGCGAAUGAUGCGUUCUACAAACUCAGUAACACUAGGAGUCAGAUUCAGGCCUAUGUGUUUGAUGUCAUUAGAGCAAGUGUCCCGAAGUUGAUUCUUGAUGAUGUCUUUGAGCAGAAGAAUGACAUUGCGAAAGCUGUUGAACAAGAGCUCGAGAAGGCAAUGUCGGCUUACGGUUAUGAGAUUGUGCAAACUCUCAUUGUUGAUAUCGAGCCUGAUGAGCAUGUCAAACGAGCCAUGAACGAAAUCAAUGCUGCUGCAAGGAUGAGACUUGCUGCAAACGAAAAGGCAGAGGCCGAGAAGAUCUUGCAGAUAAAGCGAGCUGAAGGUGAAGCUGAGUCCAAGUACCUCUCAGGUAUGGGUAUUGCCCGUCAGAGACAAGCGAUUGUAGACGGAUUACGCGAUAGUGUGUUGGGGUUCGCUGUGAAUGUGCCCGGGACAACAGCUAAAGAUGUGAUGGACAUGGUGCUUGUUACACAGUACUUUGACACAAUGAAGGAGAUUGGUGCUAGCUCCAAAUCCUCUGCAGUGUUCAUACCGCAUGGACCAGGAGCUGUUCGUGAUGUGGCUGCUCAGAUCAGAGAUGGCCUUCUUCAGGGCUCGUCCACCUCCACCAACAUGUGAAGUUGAUGGGACUGAUUAUGUCCUCUUUUCUUCGACUAAGCUUAUGGUGUGAUUAUUAUUUACUUUGAUUUUUUUUUUCUUUUUUUUUUCUUUUGGAGGAUACUGAAACUACAGUAUCUUAUUUUGAGGGUUUUUAAAAAAAAAAAAUUAUUUUGGGGUUUAUAAUUAGUCUUUAUAACUAAAUUGUAUUAUUAUCCUCCAUGGUUAUGGUGAUAAAAUCAAACUUACGAAGACUCUUUAUAUUCAGAAAAUUACAAGCGAUAUUGUAUCGGAAA